AAGGGGCAGUAGUACUUCCGGUUUGUGAGGGGUCGAUCAGGGGACUGGAGCCUUUAGUACUUUUAAAAACUCCAAACAUGCUGUUACGAAGAGCGCUGCACUUUGGAGGCCUGACCCUGAAACUGGGCCGCUCUGUUCACCACAGUGCUGCAUGGAGGAGUCCUCUGAUCCCCAUCGUGGUGGAGCAGACGGGCCGAGGAGAGCGAGCCUACGACAUCUACUCCCGCCUGCUCCGAGAGAGGAUCAUCUGCGUCAUGGGUCCAAUUGACGACUCGGUGUCCAGCCUGGUGAUCGCCCAGCUGCUCUUCCUACAGUCAGAGAGCAACAACAAGCCCAUCCACAUGUACAUCAACAGUCCCGGCGGCGUGGUGACGGCGGGGCUGGCCAUCUACGACACCAUGCAGUACAUCCUCAACCCCAUCUCCACCUGGUGCGUGGGCCAGGCGGCCAGCAUGGGCAGCCUGCUGCUGGCCGCCGGCACCGCCGGCAUGAGGCACUCGCUGCCCAACGCCCGCAUCAUGGUGCACCAGCCUUCGGGGGGCGCCAGGGGUCAAGCCACAGACAUCGCCAUCCAGGCCGAGGAGAUCCUGAAGCUCAAGAGACAGAUCAAUAACAUCUACUCCAAACACACAGGACAGCCGCUGGAGACCAUCGAGAGUGUCAUGGAGAGGGACCGCUACAUGAGCCCCAUGGAAGCUCAGGACUUUGGGCUGAUCGACCGGGUCCUGGUCCACCCCCCCCAGGCAGGUCAGGACGAGCCGGAGCUGGUCCAGAAAGAACCGGCCGCCGCCAGCCCGCCUCCCCAGCCCGACUGUGCCCCAGCUGAGCAGGCGGCCCCCAGGACCAGCCCCCCCUCCUCCCACAAGCCUGAGCCAUGAGAGGGAGGGGCUCUGUGUGUGUGUGUGUGUGUGUGUGUGUGUGUGUGUGUGUGUGUGUGUGUGUGUGUGAGAGAGAGAGAGAAUCUCAGUAAUAAACUGGUGAAAUUUAAACCACUUCUCAGAGAAUGUUUGUGUCCAUCAGCUGUGUUCUCCUCUUCUCGGAGUGUUUUAAUAAAGUGACCUUUAUACAGAA